AAAUCAAACUCGAAAACCACAAGCCAAAUACGUUUUCAAUGACGUCCAAACACGCCCUUAAAACCAACACGGCUUUCAAACACAGAAGAUAGAAAACCAGACCUCCACAAAGCUUCAACAAAAUCAAUGGCAGCUGCCACGUCACUCACUAUCACCCUCCCCAAACCAACCACCGCUUCCUUCCAGAACCUUCUCUUCCACCACCGCCACUUCCACCGUCGAGCCCCGAUUUUCUCGCCAAUUCUCCUCUCCUCCUCAUCUCAACUCUCCAAAACCCUAGACUUUAUCGCCCAUACUCCGCAAUUCACUCACACCUUUACUCGCCCCCGGCGUUUCGCUACUCGAGCCGAGUCGAGCAAUGGCGCCGAGCCGAAACACUAUGAUUUUGACUUGUUUACAAUUGGUGCUGGGAGCGGCGGUGUUAGAGCCUCGCGUUUCGCAGCUAAUUUUGGCGCCUCCGUCGCGGUCUGUGAGCUUCCUUUUGCUACCAUUUCUUCCGAGACCACUGGUGGUGUUGGCGGAACGUGUGUUCUUCGGGGAUGUGUUCCAAAGAAACUGCUUGUUUAUUCAUCCAAAUAUGCUCACGAAUUUGAAGAAAGUGGUGGUUUUGGAUGGACAUAUGAAUCUGAACCCAAGCAUGAUUGGAGCACCAUGAUUGCAAAUAAAAAUGCCGAGCUUCACCGUCUUACUGGUAUCUACAAGAAUAUUCUGAAAAAUGCUAAUGUCAAACUGAUUGAAGGGCGUGGAAAGAUUUUGGAUCCCCACACAGUGGACGUCGAUGGAAAAAUUUAUACAGCUAGGAAUAUACUAAUUUCUGUUGGAGGACGGCCCUUUGUUCCAGAAAUACCUGGAAGGGAGUAUGUGAUAGACUCAGAUGCCGCUCUGGAUUUGCCUACACGUCCAAGUAAAAUUGCUAUUGUGGGUGGUGGUUACAUUGCAGUUGAGUUUGCAGGCAUUUUCAAUGGUUUGAAAAGUGAUGUCCAUGUAUUUAUACGCCAAAAGCAGGUUUUGAGAGGUUUUGAUGAGGAGAUAAGAGAUUUUGUUGCAGAACAAAUGUCCCUAAAAGGAAUUGAAUUCCACACAGAAGAGUCACCUCAGGCUAUUGUGAAAUCUUCUGAUGGUACACUAUCCUUGAAAACUACUAAAGGCACAAUUGAAGGCUUCUCUCAUGUUAUGUUUGCAACAGGACGCAGACCUAACACAAAGAACUUAGGAUUGGAGACGGUUGGUGUGGAAAUGGACAAGAAUGGAGCAAUACAGGUUGAUGAAUACUCCCGCACUUCAGUUCCAUCAAUCUGGGCUGUUGGAGAUGUUACAGAUAGAAUAAAUCUAACCCCAGUUGCUUUGAUGGAGGGAGGUGCAUUAGCGAAGACAUUGUUUGCAAAUGAACCCACAAAACCAGAUUUUAGGGCUGUACCUUCUGCAGUGUUCUCUCAGCCACCUAUUGGUCAAGUUGGCCUUACUGAAGAACAGGCUGUAGCAGAGUAUGGUGAUGUCGAUGUUUUCACAUCAAAUUAUAGGCCCUUAAAGGCCACACUUUCAGGCCUCCCAGACAGGGUUUUCAUGAAAAUGAUAGUGUGUGCAAAGACUAAUAAAGUUUUGGGAUUGCACGUAUGUGGUGAAGAUUCACCAGAGAUUGUGCAGGGAUUUGCAAUUGCAAUUAAGGCUGGUUUGACCAAGGCUGAUUUUGAUGCCACAGUGGGUAUCCACCCAACAUCAGCAGAAGAACUCGUUACAAUGAGGACGCCGACACGGCAGAUUCGAAGCAGUUCCCCACCUGAGGGAAAGACGGAUCCUGAAGUCAAAGCUGCUGCCGGAGUUUGAAAGGAGUUGUGCUGAACUCUUGAUGAGAAUAUUACUGGAUUUAGCUGCUUGGGUGGUCGUGGUGAAAGACUAGAUUUUGCUAACGGGGCCUUGACCGAACCUGACCACAAACCAUAGCAUCAAGAAAGCAAGUGCACCUGUACCUGGGUAUUUAUGGAGCUAUGGAUGAUUUUUUUUGAAGCAACGUCAUUUUAAUAUAUCAAGUGUUUUUGGUUUUGGGAACUUGUUUGUAUGUAAUAAUUAUUUUUUGUUUCUGUAAUGCUUAUUGUAUUAUAGGAAUCAGAAUAAUAAUUUAACAGUGUUGAUACAUAAAUUAAGAGCUGUACAUAUAUGAGAUGAUCUAUACAAUUUACUUUGAUACUUUUUUCAUGACAA